GGAGGAGGAGGAAAUGAUGGUUCUGCAUCUAGGAUGCCCCACCCAAAGGCAGUAAAAUAUCAAGUGUGUCCAAGCCCAGCCCUUUAGAAAAGGCAGAGGAAGCUGGAGGCACUAUGAGCCGUGUUUAUGAUAUCAUCUGAGGGACAGCUGGGGUCAGUGCUAAACUUUAAACCAUCAGAUGCAGAGAGGCAGCUCUUGCAUAACAAUAAGCACUGGCUGUCACAUUGAAAGGAAAAUAACCACGUUUUCACCUUGGAAAAUCUAUUCUAAAUAGAGCAGUAAUUGUUUUUAGAAAGCCAUUCAGUGACCCGCCCUCCCCAAGAGUGGCCCAGGAAUAAGGUAAACUUUUUAUUAUAAUUUAUACAAUGUGGUAAUUUUUUGAAUAGUUUAGAAUUUUUAUAGUCUGAUAACAGAUCCACCAAAUUGCGCACAGCCUCCUGCACUGGCAGAGAGACAAGCUUGGAUGACCUGCUGGGCUUCUCAUCUCUAAUGUCUGAGAGUCUUUGAAAUACGUCCCAGAGCUUAAUUAUGACAGCAAUCUUUACUAUUCUGAGCUCCUAACAGCACACUUCAUGGGAACAAUGUGAAAAGCAGAGAGUGGGUGCCGGGGCAGUGUUUUUCACACAGAACGGGGAGCAUGUGAGGACUUUGAGGGGGCGCUCCCCCUUUAGGGAAAUGGAAGGUUCAGGGAGGUGGAAGGUGGACUGGGGAGAAGGCAGCUAGUGGCUCCUCAGGUUCUCAGUUACCCUCUCACUGUCAGAUGACCUGAAUCACGCACUUCCUGUUGGAAGAACAACUGUGUUAUUUUUGAACCUCACCCUGAUGGAGACAGCUACUUGCAAGUGUUUCAGAGCUAGCCAUAGACAGUCAUGCUCUAACUUCUCCCUGGGACAGUUGUGUGUGAGAAUUGAGAAUCAGAUCAAGCCCAUGUGUGUUUACAACGUGUCUACAGAGCAGGUGGGGUGGAGCAUGGAGAGGCCCACAUCGCAUUUCGUGUUCUCCCCUGAGCUGUCGCUCUCUAUCCUGGGUGGAUGUUUUGGCGACUGUAUGUCCACUUACUUAUGCACACUCAUGCACACUUACUAGGCACUCCUACUCAUGUGGACUCAUGCAUACAUACACACUCACUCAUGCACACUCAUUCAUGAAUCGUCAUGCACACUCAUUUGUGCACUCACUCAUGCACACUCACUAACACACACUCAUGCACACACACAGUCAUAUAUGUAUGCACACUUAUUCUGGUGCACUCACUCAUGCACACUUAUGCACAAUCACUCAUAUACAGUUACUCAUGCACACUCAUUUGUGCAUUCACUCAUGCACACUCAUUCAUGCACUUGCUCAUGCACACUCACUAAAGCACACUUACUCACGCACACACAUGCACACUCAUAUAUUUGCAUGCACAUUUACUCUGGCACACCUACUCAUGCACAUUCAUGCAUACUUACUCGGGCACACUCACUCAUGCACACUUACUCAUGCACACUCAUUCAUGCACUUGCUCAUGCACACUCACUAAAGCACACUUACUCAUGCACACACAUGCACACUCAUAUAUUUGCAUGCACAUUUACUCUGGCACACCUACUCAUGCACAUUCAUGCAUACUUACUCAGGCACACUCACUCAUGCACACUUACUCAUGCACACUUACUCAUGCACACUCAUUCAUGCACUUGCUCAUGCACACUCACUAAAGCACACUUACUCAUGCACACACACACACUCACAUAUUUGCAUGCACACUUACUCUGGCACACCUACUCACGCACAUUCAUGCAUACUUACUCAGGCACACUCACUCAUGCACACUCACUCAGACACACUCACUCAGGCACACUCACUUGUGUACACUUACUCAUGCAUACUUUCUGGAGUCUUCCCAGUCUCCAGCAUUCUGUAAAGAUCAGAUUCAGAAUCUCACUGUAUCAAGCUGCAGUGUCCCCUCAGUCUCCUCUCACUGUGGCAAUCCACCCUCUUCCCCUGUCUUCCAUGGCCUUGGCAGUUUCAGCAUGUACACAUCAGGGACUUAUGCUAGUGUGCACAUGUCAGGGACUUAUGUCAGCGUGUACAGCUCAGAGACUUAUGCUCUUAUGUACAUGUAAGUGCUUUGUGUCAGUGUGUACACGUUGGGGACUUAUAUUAGUGUAUACAUGUCAGGGAUGUAUCAAACACACCAUGUUUCUGCUCCAUCUGAUGUUUCCAUAGGUUGGAUCACUGUCAGAGGAUCCAGAGGAAAAAUAUUACCUAUCAGUCAUAGUGACACUGACCUGUGAUGGCAGGGGAACUUGCCAAGUGAGUGACACAUGAGCGAGUGACACACAGUGAGUGACACACGAGCGAGUGAUGCCCAAGUUAGUGACACACAAGGGAGUGACAUGUGAGCAAGUGAGUGAUAUGUGAGUGACACAUAGGUGAGUGACAUGUGGGUGAAUGACACGCAUGUGACACACAUGACACACAAGAGAGUGACACACAGUGAAUAUCACAUGAGUGAAUGAAACACAAGUGAGUGACACACAGUGACACACAAGUGAAUGCCCUAUGAUAGAGUGACACCCAAGUGAUUACACGCACACAAGUGAGUGACACACAUGACACACAAAAAAGUGACACACAGUGAGUGACACACAGUGAGUGACACACAAGUGACUGAGUGUCAUACAGUAUCACACAAGUUAGUGACACACAAGGGAGUGACAUGUGAGCAAGUGAGUGAUAUGUGAGUGACACAUAGGUGAGUGACAUGUGGGUGAAUGACACGCAUGUGAGUGACACACAUGACACACAAGAGAGUGACACACAAGUGAAUAUCACAUGAGUGAAUGAAACACAAGUGACACACAGUGACACACAAGUGAAUGACCUAUGAUAGAGUGACACCCAAGUGAUUACACGCACACAAGUGAGUGACACACAAAAAAGUGACACACAGUGAGUGACACACAAGUGACUGAGUGUCAUACAGUAUCACACAAGUAAGUGACAUACAAAGGAGUGACACACAGGUGAGUGACACAGAAGCAACAUGUGAUCAAGUGACACUCAGUGAGUGACACACAAAUGAAUGACAUACGAUUCAUCCCGUUCACAUGGAAUGUACUGGAGUCAGAGAAGGAAACUCGUGCUAUUCCGUUAGUGCGCACAUAAGCUCACUCGCCGGCAUGUUCACUAAACACCAGACUUUGAGUCAUUGAGUCUGCUUUGCAGUUUCCAUGUUUUCUGCUCCAUGACUUGGGCCCAUCACAGCAUACGUGGUUUUACACCCCUAUGUGGACAUCACACACCUAUGCACACCACUCAGCAGAUUUUCUGCUCCAUUAUUCCUGACACCAUCUGUAAGUGCCCAUGGCCAACCUACACAAAGAAUCUGUCGAGUUGGGCUUGGGUUGGGCUUCUCUUAAGUGUCAGCUCAGAUCUGGAGUGUGGGUGAUGUGCACACAGGACUGAGCAGUACCUGCCUGAACCCCCUGCUCUCACCCCCACUCCAGCCGCAUUCUCUCGUCUGAUCCCGCAGAGAUGAGGUUUGGGAGGUGGGUGAUUGAGUCAGGUUGUAAUCUCUGCACCACAAGUGUGUGAAAAAGAAAAGAGGAAGAAAGAAGAAAAGGAGAGGGGAGGGAGGGGUGGAGGAGAGAAGGAAAGGAAAAAGAAAGGAAAAGAAAGAGAAGGGAAGAGAAAAGAAAAGAAAAGAAAAAAGAAAAGAAAAGAAUAGAAAAAAGGGAAAGGAAAGAAAACCAGGCUAGAAAGAAUACCAGGCUGGAUCUAACUGCUUGGGAUGUUGAGAUGGAGACACAGGAAUCAUUUUGCUCUGAAGUGGCGACCAGCAGAGAUGUCAGAGGGGACUUCAUGUCCACAAGCAAGCAAUGUAACGCUAAAAACCAAUAACACUAGAGAAGGGCUCUCCCAGGCCUGAGUCCGGCCAACACUCCCUUCCCUCAUGCCCUCUGCCCUGCUAUUCCAUUCCAUUCCACUCCCACAGCUCGACUUCAAGCUCUGUUCCCUGUCCACUUCCUCCUCUUGAGCUGACCACCAAGGUCCUGCUCUCGAAGUGUUGAAGCUCGGCGAUCAGAAGCCCCCCUUGGCUCACCUUAUUAACAUGCCCAACUAAAAUUAAACACCUCGUUCUAGCCCGGGGUUUCCCUCUGUACCUUUAUAAACCACCAUUUUCCCAUGGGGUGCAUCUACCUCCUCUCUAUUCAGGGACAGUGCUUUGUCCCUGUGGGGCAAAUGUCCCUCCUCUCCCGGCUCCCUUGUUCCCUUCCCCUUUUCCCUUAUCCUUGAUCUCUUUGUCUCUUAUUCUGUGCCCUUUGUUUCUCUGGGGGCAAAUAAAUGUCUUUGGAGUGUCUUGUGCCGACUUUGAGAACUGCGAGGGUGGAUAAAGAUGUGGUUCUGCAGUUAAGAGUAAACAGUGCUUUUCCAGAGCACCUGGCUUUGACCCGCAUCAUCUAGAGGGAAACUCACAAUUAGUUGUAAUUUCAGUUCCAAUGGACCCGUGCCCUCUUCUGGCCUUCUGCAUGCGUUGUGCUUGUAUAUGGGCAAAACAGUCAGAAAGAAAAUAAACAAACAAACUGCUCCUUGGCAUCAGCAACAGUGACUGGGCUUGGUACCUGCUUAUGGGAUGGAUCCCCAGGUGGGGCAGUCUCUGGAUGGCCUUUCCUUCAGUCCCUGCUCUGUAUUUCCUCCCAUGAGUAUUUUGUUCUCCCUUCUAAGAAGGACGGAAGCAUCUACAUUUUGGUUUUCCUUCUUCUUGAGCUUCAUAUGAUCUGUGAAUUUUUUUCUUAGGUAUUACAAGAUUUGGGGCUAAUAUCCACUUAUCAGUGAGUGGAUACCAUGUGUGUUCUUUUGUGAUUGGGUCACCUUACUCAGGAUGAUAUUUCCUACUUCCAUCCAUUUGCCUAAGAAUUUCACAUAGUCAUUGAUUUUGAUAGCCAAGUAGUACUCCAGAGCCUGAUAUGGAUGUCUCCUGAGAGGCUCUGCCAGAGCCCUACUGAUACAGAGGAGGAUGCUUGCAGCUAACCAUUGGACUGAGCACUGGGACCCUGAGGGUUUGAAGAAAAGACUGAUGGAGCUGAAGGGGUUUGCAACUCCAAAGAAAGAACAAUAAUAUCAACCAACCAGAGCUCCCAGGGACUAAACUGCCAACCAAUGAGUACACAUGGAGGGACCCAUGACUCCUGCCACACAUGUAGCAGAGAUGGCAUUGUCCAGCAUCAGUAGGAGGAGAAGCCCUUGGUCCUGUGAAGGCUCGUUUCCCCAAUGCCAGGGCGUUGGGGUGGAAGUGGGUGUGUGGGAGUGGGAGCAUCCUCAUAGGAGAAAGGGGCAGAGGUAUGAGGCGGGGAGGGGGAUAACAUUUAAAAUGUAAAUACAUAAAAUAUCCAAGAAAAACAAAAUUAAAAAUAAAAAACCUCCUGGGGUCUACUUCUAAUCUAAUGCAGAAAUAAAAAACACCCAUCACCCAUUUCACCGAGGUGUUACAUCCUAGGUGAUGGUGUUUUCCUCCCUCCCUUCUCUGGAAACUCUGGGUAAUGAGCCCAGUCAGCUGUGCACACAGCCGUGUUGGAAGCUGGCAUGAGAAAUGCCCGGUAAUUCUAACAACUCACAGAAGAGCCAGAGAAAAAUCACAGGGAAAGGCCUCAUGGAAACGACACAAACUAGUUAUCAUCAUCAUCAUCCCCAUCCUCAUCCUCAUCACCAUCACCAUCAUCAUCAUCAUCACCACCAUCAUCAUCAUCAUCAUCAUCACCACCAUCACUAUCACCGUCGUCAUCAUUUUUCCCCCUAGAAUCUUACAGUAGUAGUUUGUGUCCUGUUGUGAUUGCUUUGUUUCACUUAACAUAAUAUUUUCCUAAUUCUUUUGCCUCCUUUUCUGUCUUUUGGUGAUAAAGCAUCAAAACAAGGGCUCAUAUUUGCUCUGUAAGUUUUCUUUCUGAAUCUCUCAUGGCCCGAUCCUAACUGAUUGCUAGUAAUGAGUAAUAUUCUCUUUUUUGGAUGACCCAAAGUUCCUUCUAUCCCUUGACAUAUUGAAAGACAUCUUGGUUAUUGGUAAAUGGGCACUGGGUGCCGAACGCCCUCAUGCCUCCUCCCUGAGCGACGGACCCGACCCGAACCUGAGGAGACAUCAGAUCAUUCUAAGCAGAAGUGUGGAUUUCUGACAUUCACUUAAAUGUUGGGAAGACAAGUGGACGCAACCACUCUCAUUGGCGAGUUCGUCUGUCCAGAUCAGAACUGACUUCCCCACCUGCAGUGUCUUCGCGUGGUCCCGGUCUGAAGGCUGCCGUUAAUUUAUUCUUUCCCGCUUUAAUUGACAAACAAUAACAUAUAUUUAUGGGACGCGGUGAGAGGGGUUGUGGAAUGAUUAAAUCAAGCUACGUUAAAAGUCCAUGAGGUUUUUACUGUUCCUCAGGACCUGUUAUACAUUUCCAGAAAUUUAUUUUUACGAUUGUUUUUUAUUGAGGAGUCACGAGAAUAUAGGGAUAAACACGACCCACACGCGAGGCGGUAGACUUCGGCGUGAACACUGAAAGCAGAACACUGUACAGAAUAUUCUAACCGGCCCUAGGAAGGGCAGAGCUGCUUAAGUCAGAGAGGUGUGAGAGCCUACCUGAGGGACGGCCAAAGGCAGGCUCAUCUCGGCAGGGACUGCUGAAGCUCUAAUUGAAACGGCAACGAAACUGCAAUGCACAGGACGUUGGAGGUUUGCUGAUGCUUUUCUGGCAACAAACCAGGAAGAGAGAGGUGUCUGGGCAAAGGAAAGAUCCACAAGGAACUUGCAAACAGGACCUGUUGUGCCAGGAAGCGCUUCAUGAACUCCCAAAGACCACCAAGGAGCCUUUUCCGAUGUAAUCUUCUUCUUCUUCUUCUUCUUCUUCUUCUUCUUCUUCUUCUUCUUCUUCUUCUUCUUCUUCUUCUUCUUCUUCUUCUUCUUCUUCUUCUUCUUCUUCUUCUUCUUCUUCUUCUUCUUCUUCCUUUUCUUCUUCUCUUCUUCUUCUUCUUCUUCUUCUUCUUCCUUUUCUUCUUCUCUUCUUCUUCUUCUUCUUCUUCUUCUUCUUCUUCUUCUUCUUCUUCUUCUUCUUCUUCUUCUUCUUCUUCUUCUUCUUCUUCUUCUUCUUCUUCUUCUUCUUCUUCUUCUUCUUCUUCUUCUUCAUCAUCUUCAUCUCUUUAUUACAAACCCGAGUUUGGGCUGACUCACCGCUGACCCACAGGACGGUUUGAUGAAACGGCUCCGAACUUUCACUGGGACAAAGUUUUACAGGGAAAUGGAUAUAAGCGAGGGACGGUCCAUCCCGGCAAACAUCAAAUAGAAUGACUGUUGUAAACCGACAGGUGGGUGGUCUGAAGCAAGACCACGAACAAUCACAAACAGGCUGAAAGUUCGUCUGAAACUAUCCGAUUGAUUUUUGAUUGACUGUUGCUAGGACGUAGCUAGGGAGUGAUUCUCGCCAAGGACAAACUGUGGAGUCCUUCCUGGUAUGUGGGUGCAGCUUUGGUUCAUCUGCGGGUCUAGUUCUCAAUCGUUUUUCUUUUUCUUUUAAGAUGGAGGCCAGUUUCAAGACAGAGUAGGUUUGGCCUCUCAGAACAAGUCAUAGAUUUGUUUUGAUGAAAAGCAGUCACGGGCCUGGGAUUGGUAUCAAUUCACGGUGACAGAUAGCUAUGGAUGAGCCUUGUAGCUAUCGAUGAGCUAUGAGAAGGAAGCAAUGGACCUAUAGCUUUAAAAAUCACAAACACCGUCUGCAACUUUUAAAGUUGCCACAAGGGGGCGCGAUGUACCCAUGAGGAAAUCAUCCCUUUGGAAAACCAGGAAAAUUUCAAAAUUUUUUUGGAGCCCAUUUCUAAGAGCAAUUGAUGUCUGGCCGAACAGAAAAUGGGGCAGAAGGAAGUGUGAGGAAUAAGCAGCAAGAGAAAGAGACUUAUAUCCUUGGAAAUCUUCGAGAAAGUGGAUGCCUCAGUGUUUACAGGGCUUUUAGGGUCUGUUUUCCCGACCGCAAUGAAAGCUCAGGUUAAUCCAGAGGAGAAACGAGAAGGUGGUCGUUCCUAUGUGACUCUCCCAUGAAGAGAUCCAGGCUUGGUAAAGUCUUGCUGAGUCGCCAAAGGCUCCCUUUGACUAAGUAGGGCAGGAACUCAGGUUAGCAAAGGAUUUCUGAGUCUGGUAAAUGAUACUCAGGUACAGUUUUGAAGAAAUCACGAGUGUCCCGGCUGUCCUGACAUCAGAGUGUCUGCUAAAACACAAAACAAAGCAAGAAGGAAAAAAACAAAAAAUGGAGGAACGUUGGCUUAAGAGAUAUUCCACAGGCAAUGCAGUUUUUGGUUUGUUUGUUUGUUUUUUUGAUAUUUGGGGUUUUUUGUUGUUGUUUUGUUUUGUUUUUGUUAUUGUUUUUUUUUUCCUCAGAAACAAGAUCGCUCCAAACAACAGAAAACUCCCAGAAGCAUAGGCAGUUAGGACUUAUGUAAGAGCUGAUUUGGGGCACACACACACACACACACACACACACACACACACACACACACUAUACACCUCUAUUUGCCACAGCAUGAACUGCAGAACUGACAAAUCUCCAGUUCACAUUAUAUUUAAGUGGUUUCUCCAUCAAUCUCCACAGUUAAAAAUACAUCACACAAAUUACUACACUGCCUGGUGAAAAUUCGCGAGACUCUUGUUUUCUGCCAUUUAUUUUUAAAACAUUUUGGCACUUUCUGCAGAAGUCGUCGCCUUCUCAGUCUUGCUGGGGGCCCCUUCGGCUUUAGGUUGUUAUUAAGUCAAGAAUCCUGGAGACCCACAGAGAAAUAAUCCGGGUGUCAGGAAUGCUGUGCGGGACGAAAUUUACUACAGCAGGCAGACCAGGGCUCAGAGACAGAUUUGUGGAGAUCUGACCAUGCGCUUCCUUUGAAGACUUUCUGUCUGAAAUGUGGGCAGAUCCCGCGCCCAGCCCUUAAGGACCCGCAGUCCAGGUGCUUAUCAUCCGAGAGCUCAGCUUUUAAAGUGCCCCGUCACUGAUCAAGUACAUAAGGACUGUGGUGACCACAGUCAAUGAUGCUCAACGCUAUCUGCUCUGCAGCCUCAGGAGUAUCCUGCAGGAAACCGGCCCUGAGCUGCUCCGUCUUCCAGCAGGGGUCACUGUGGAACCGUUAAAAUGGAGAAGAAAGGCUGCGGCUUUAGGGAGCUGGGCCCCAAACAAAGGACCAUGAACCUGAAAGGCACAGGGGUCCUGAAGCAGUAACAGAUGUGGAUUUUAAACCUGCUGGGUGUCAGGGCAGAAGCCCAUAAUCCCAGCAACUGUGAGUUUGAGCCCAGCCUGGGCUACAUAGUGAAUACCAGGUUACCCAAAGCUAUAUGGCAAAACACAUAAACAAACAAACAAACAAACAACUCUCUCCAUACCAAAUAGCAAAGCAAGCAGACAGGAGCUAACUGAACACUUAUCUGUAAGACAGUUGUUGGUAGUGUUCAUUUGUUGCACAAAGUAACGAUUUUAGGACACUUUGACACAAUUAUACAAUAUACUCUGACGACACCUCAUCCUCUCCAGCCCCUUCCUAGGCAAUAAAAAGAUAGAGAUCUAAGUUUCAAAGUAGCAAUGGCCAGGUAACGUUUUCCCCCCUUGGAAAGAAAUUUUUGUUGGAUUAUUUUUAGUUAGUGGAAGUCUGAGGCUGUCAUGUAAGGCCUGGAGAAUCCAGAAGCAUCCAAUCAGAUCCUGCCUCUGCCUUCCCUCUGUAUAUGUGGCUUUGGAGAAUUUGCAUAAGUUUGAGCUUUGAGACUCGGUUCCAUGACAGGGUAAUUGGGAAGGUUAAAUGCAGUAACGGUUAUGUGAGAAGCCCAUAUGGUUAGCGAGUUCUGACACAUCCAUGAAUUGCAGCUUCCGUAUCAUCGUGAUUUUAAUAUUUUUACUACAUUUUGAAUGAAUUAUGCACAUUCAGGAUUAUCGUGUGUCCAACAUGGUUGACACCAACAGUGGCUGACCCGUGUCUCCUUGGGCUCUGGUUUCUACCCCACCAGUGUGACCCAGCCAUCUUUGCUGCCCUGGACCCUGGGACUCAGAAAAAGGUGCUUUCUAUCUCAAUCCAGCACCCUGUUUUCCUCUGUCCCUGUGAGGGUGCUGGCUCUCUUUCCUGAUCCUUCAUCACUAUUCACCAUAUUCAAACAGAUCCCUGACCUAGCCAUGCAGUUCCCCGCACUCACUGCUGUCAUGUUUGAUAGUUGACUACCCUACCUCAAACACCCUGAGUGUCCUGAGACGAUUUUUCCCAAGCUCCUAUCCCAGGCUCCCUUCAGUCUCAAAGUUGUAGGGGAGCUGUGAGAAUGCAGCCUUAACACACAUUCUGGAUUCUGUAGGGAAACUUUGUUACCUCUAUCUUUUAAAAAGAAGUAGCCUUUACUGACAGAACUCUUCUUAAAGCACUAACUUAACCUCUCCACUAUGCACCCCAGGUUUCUACUUCCUGGACAAUGGAUUUCAUUUUACAGGUAAUGUCAUUUGAUUCUAGAUUCAGUGAAGACUAGGACAUUGUGUAUCUUACUUGUCAUGUGGAAAAGUCUCUGACUCAUAGCAAGCAUCUCUGGACUAAGCAGCCUACCGAUAGUCACCAUGGUACAGCCUUUUCCCUCUUCUCUUGCCGAUAUAGAGCUCUGACAAAGCCCCUGAGCUGCAGUGCUUGAUAUAGAACAGAGUCUGAUAGAGAGAUGCUUGCACCCGGUGUUAUGGGUGUGUUGACUGUGGACUACGAUUUCUCCCUGGUGCAGCUCCUAGACCAUCUACAGGGCUCCCACCUCAAGCUCACUCUGCUUGUGCAUUCCAAUGUAAGAUACCCAGCCACUGCCAGCAAAUAGUUUCUGGUUACCCAUUAAGCCUCAAAACCAAUAGUCAUUCCCUUUUGCUAGCAUAAGUUAGACCAGACUCUAACACAUAGUUGAGGAUCUAGUCUGCUCACAGUUUAAUUCCGGACUACCAAGUGCUUUGUUUCUUUCCUGAUUUCUUAUCUUAAAAACCAAGCAACUCUCUCACUAGAUUUCACUCUUUCCUACAUGGAAUUUCUUCUUUGUUUCCCACGGUUCUUAACGGUUUCAGAUCCUAACCUCUCCUUUAGUCUUCACCCAGGUCUCAUUCUUCCAAACUGAGGACCAUCCACCAACCAUUCACCAACAUUUCCCGAAUACCGCCCGGUAGUCUGAUUUCUGUUACACCUGUACCCAACAUCGCUGCCCAGUUGGUUACAAGCCACUUAGAAACAGACAUUAAGAGUCAUCAGAGAGGAAGGAGCUUCAGCUGAGGAAAUGCCUCCGUGAGAUCCAACUGAAGGUAUUUUUCUCAAUUAGUGAUCAAGGGGGAAGGGCCCAGCCCAUUGCGUGUGGUGCUGUCCCUGGGCUGGUGGUCCUGGUCUGUAAGAAAGCAGGCUGAGCAAGCCACGAGAAGCAAGCCAGCAAGCAACACCCCUCCAUGACCUCUGCAUCAGCUUCCAGCCCUGCCUGACUUCCUCCAGUGAUUGACUAAGCCCUAAUAAACCCUUUCCUCCCCAACUUGCUGUUUGAUUAUGCUUUUCCAUCACAGCAAUGGAAACCCCAAGACAUGGGCUAAUACUGGCGAGCCAGUACAGUGUACAAGUACACAUGGGUGAGAGUGUUAUAACAUCCACAGAUUUUCUUACAUCACAUCCCCAAACAACAUAGUGUCUGUCCCUUCAAGCCCCCCCUAUAAGAGAAAUAGAAAGGGUCCCGGAUGUAUGUCCUUAAUCAGCCAUUUUGAAGUAACGGCCAAACCACACCGUUGAGGAGCCAGCUCAUCGCUAUGUUAGGUUGCAGACUUUCAUUUGGUCAGUCUACAACUGCAGGGACAUCUGUGGGUGCAGGAGGGUGGGUAAUGUCUGAUAUGACACAGGGAGCGCGCCCCCUGCUGGUUGGGUGCAGAAUGGUGGAUAUGGGCAGACUAUGAUGUGCCACAGGAGAGCUCCCCCUAAUGGUUGGUUUUAGCUGAUGUCACAGCUCUUAUUUCUGUUUUGAAGGUGCAGAGUUGCACAGAUCUUAUCCAUACUGGUCUGACUUACGGUAGUUUUUAAAAUGAGAAACUGAGAGGUGGAACUAAUUUCUCUAGUUGCCAAUUCAGUAAUGACUAAUCUGGGGUUUGUGACCAGGCUAUACAGCAUAGCCUCUCACCUAGCUAAUAAAAGAUUAGGUGCCUACUUAAAACAAGAAGACAAUGAUACUUUCAGGACAGUGUUCCUCUUAGCUCAUGCAUUACUUACUCUCUCGCUGGUAGACAUCAAGUGUGUGUGUGUGUGUGUGUGUGUGUGUGUGCAUACAUCAUAUUAUAUGAUGGUACCUUGCCCCAUAAAGGCAAGACCAUGUGUCUUGCCUCAGAUAACAUCACUGCCAAUCAUCCUGAGUCCAUGGAAGCAGCAAGAAACCACAGCAUAUCACCAGGAGCUUUGUGAUGCGUGUCUAAGGAGUCCCAACAAAUGCAGCUCAACUACACAGUGUAAGGCAGACCAAGACAGGAGUGUCAUUAGCAAAGAAUCCUUCAUGCUUGCUUUAGCAGAACAUCCUAUCUGCUUCUAUAGAACAUCUAUAUCUGCUUCAGCCAAACAUUCCUUCAGGAGUUUGCCUUAGUCUUUCACCUGUGCCCACUUCAGAAAAACACUCUUUCAUGUGUUUUUUUUUCCCAGCAAAAGACAAUUCAGCAUAACCGACUUUCCAAAGAACCCAUAAGUUUCUACUUCAGGGGAGUGAUUAUUUUUUUAAAAAGGGAAAGAGAUUUUUCACGCACAUGACUGUUUUCUAUCUUCCUGAAAGAGGAUAUUAACCAAAAAUAAAAUCAAUAUAGUCAGAACGAAGACUAUUACAUUUGCUUGGGGAUGGAGUUAAUGUCUGUUCAGCCUUGCAAAUCUAUUUCAGGAUUUUAGAAAAGGGUAGCUUAACUUAAAAACAAAAAUAUUAGUAAGUUUACAUUUCAGAAAGUGGGUGUGAUUAGAUAGAUGCCUCAGCCAAUCAGAGUUCUCUCUGCCCUGCUCAGCCAAUCAGAAGAGUCCUUGAAGAAUCCUCCCAGUACACGGGUCAGACAUCUCCCAACUGUCUGUAACUUCAGCAGCAAGGGUCUGACGCCCUCUUCUGGACUCCCAGGGACUUGCACAUAGCCCCACACUGAUACACAUUCACACACACACACACUUCUUAAAACACAAAUAUUUAUAGAAAAGAAAAGGAUGGGGUGCUUUGUAAGGAAGGGACAUGGUACCAUCUUGUUCUCUGGGUAGUUUGAGAGAAAUGGCACCUAGGGUGGAGGUGAAGGGAGGUCAGUCUUGCUUCAGGGAAUCUGCGGUUCAGCCCUGUGGGAAGGUCAGUAUGCACGGGGGAGGAAGGGCAUGUAUGCAGCCCAGCCCGUCGUGCAGAUGUUUCUAUUAAACAAGAAAGACUGGGUGUUUUCUCUUAUACAUGGAAAGGUUAAAUAUCUCUACCUAUGUGUCAUCUAUAUUUGUGUCUAUUUGUCUAUAGCUGUAAAUGACUAGAACUGAGAGGGGCCUAUUUGGGGGAAUGAUAUAGAUUAUUGAUAGAAGGGGUAAAUAUGAUGUGUAUAAGAUUCUGCCAUAAAAGGAACGAUUUUCUUUGUACAUUUACACACACACACACACACACACACAAACACACACAGACCAUUGCUACCUCUAAGGAAAAGCCCCUAAUUAGAGAAGACAAAACAGAAUCUUAAUAUUAUUAGGCCUCUAAAGUGGAGUUACAGAUACCCCUGUUGACUGAAAACCAACUUUCUUUUGUGUGACUGGAUAAUUGAUGGACACCACAAACUACAACAUGGAUAUCAGUAGCCGAUAUGGUGUCUGCAUGACUCUGCAUAUGUUGUGAUAUGAGAGGACCAGGAAAUGUCCACUAUUUGGGUGGAUAUAUAUUAAUGCAUCACAAUAUUUAGUUUCUCCCUGUAGGUUAGCAGACUUUAUAAGACACGUGGGAGGUACCUUCAACUAUAUGCUCUAAGGGACAACAGGGAUCUCCCUGUACCCAUCCCCAGCUUCAGCAGUGAAACUCUUCAGGUCUCUUUUCACCUAUUGUUAAACCCACCCCUGCUGGAAUGCUUUGAAGCAGCUCCCUGAUAUGUGACCAUCCAGCAUUAGAUGCUGAUCUUGUAACAGCCAAACAUUCUCUUAAAGCCCCAGCACCAUUAUCAACAACAUUAACAUUUUUCCCCAUCAUCAGAUAUCCAGACUCAUCUGCUUGUCACAAACCUUUGGCUCAUAGGGUGUGUGCACAUGCUUCUUUGUGGACAUGUAAACAUUACGUACGUGCAUUUAUAUCUGUGUAUACUAGAGGCAACAUUGGGUGUCUCCCUCAAUCAUUUAUUCUUUGAAGAUACGGUCUCUCGUGGAAGCUGGGGUUCACCAAUUAGACUAGAAUGUCUGGCAAGUGGUCUUCAGAACCCUGUCGCCCCUGCCUUCUCAGCAUCAGAUCACAGCCACAGGCUGCAGAUCCAGCUUCAUCACGGGAGUUCAGGGGAUCGGAACGCAGGUUAUGUUUGUGCAGUAAACAUUUUACUGACCGAGCCAUUUCCCCAGAUCCCUCAAAAAAACCACUUUUUUUCAGUUUGCUUGCCAGAAUAAGGACACAGAUGAGACACAUAUAGGUGUAUUUUAUAGGCGUACCCCCUUAAAAAUGUCUUUUGAAGUAUCUUCUCUUCCUAGCAUUAACUGUUCAUUAUUUUUUUCUUCCUACAAUUAAUUUGCUGAAAACGAUGGACUACACUUUUCUGAAAUUUUCAAAUUCUGCGUUUAGCUUAUGGAUUCCUUCAGUGUCAUUUAGCGGUAAGGUGUAAGUUGCUGGUGUUCCCAUUCUCAGGAAGGAAACCACUAAGGUUUCUGCUUUGUACUCAGAACGUCUCUUCCAGGAACGACCACCUGGUGGCGGUGCUGGGCACAUUUUCUUCUCUGGAGUCUGUGCUAGGAACGACCUUGCCUUUCUUUCAAGUAGAGCUCUCAAGCCUGCCAAACUCAGAGGUACCACACAUGCAGAAGAACCGCUUCCAGCCAGCCUGUGGGUCAGGUUGUACGGAGUCUGUCCCCAGGGUUCUCCUUUACUUAGGCGGGCACAUAAGAUGAACACGUAGUGCGAGUGGCUCCCAGGUCACUUUCCUUGUGAAAUUUACCUCUCACCUUUCUGACUAAUUAGUUUAAAAAAAAAUACCAGAGAUCUGGCUUUCUCGUUGUUGUUAUUGUUGUUUUUAUAUAUAAGACUUGGGGUUUUCAAUUUGUACUGAAACAAUCACUAAGGUUGCGUUCAGGAAGCCGAUAAAUCAAACAGAUUGUCGUAAUGACAACAACACACAGUGCUCCUCCCUGCCCUGCUUGUGUCUCUGCUAAACAGAACAUGAACCAUGAGCAGCACGCAUUCUUUAUUUUAUUUUAUUUUUUUCAUGUGAAUGUUAGACGAUGCCUGGACCAAUUGGCUUCAUGUUCCCAAAAUGGCCGCAAAGGAAGGAAAACCUUCUGCA